ACGACGGUUGGGAAUCUAGUAAAUCACUGAGAGCCAUUAUGAACGAAUACAAAAAAUAAAGAGCGGGCAGCUGACUAAAAUUACUCCAGGCUGGACAAGUGGGGCAACAUUCCUCUACAGCAAUGUCUGAAGUGUUGCCUGUAGUAAAAAAAAAAAAAAUACUUCACGUUAUUUUGUGCCACUACGAGGGCAGAUGUAGAGCCAAAUUGUUUAGGAUUUCUCUUUUAACACAUUAAAUAAAUUAAUGAACUUUGAAGACUGUUUUUUGUAUUCAUUCAGGUUAUUUUUGUUUGAUAAAAACAUGUCUUUGAAGAUCUGGAAAAUUUAAAGAGGGUGAGAGGGCAACCAAGCAAUAUCAAAAUAAAUCAAUAAGGGAGCAAAUACUUUCCCCAAUACUGCACAUACAUAUUUGACUGAAUUUCCUUUAAAAAAAGGUAAACAGCUUUAAGGGUUUCAACUGUCUUUCCUUUUAGUGAAGCUUUGCAGCAACUUGUGUAGAAAGCAUUAAGUCAUUUCAUGUAAAUGUAUGAUUUCCUAAUGAUUUACUCUUUAUCUUUUACCAUAAUUUUGACGACAUGUGUGAGUCACAUUCUGUCUUAAAAAGCCAUGUCAGUAAACCUUGUUCCUGUGCAGUCCUUCCAUAAAGAGGAAGUGAAAACUUUAGUUUUUUUUUUUUGUUGUUUUUUUGCACCCAGACACCACAGUCAGCACAUAUACUUUGGCAGAAUGAACAUCUCACAUGCACGGUCUCCGUUGGAGGAAAUGGCCCUUGAGGAAUUUGAUGGUGGAACAGUGGUGGCGUGUGUGAUCCUGGGUCUGUCCUUCUUGGUCGGUGCUCCUGGCAACCUGCUUGUGAUCUGGACCAUCCUGAAGCAUGUGAAGAAGCGCUCACACACAGUGGUUCUCAUCUUGCACCUCGCGGCGGCAGAUCUGGUGGUUCUCAUUACACUCCCUCUCUGGAUCUACUCCCUCGCCCAGUCCUGGGUCUUCGGAGAGACAUGCUGCAAGGCCAUGGUGUUCGUGAUCAAUGCCUGUAUGUACAGCAGCGUUUUCCUCAUCACGUUCAUGAGUGUGGAGCGUUUCAUCGCCGUGCGUUAUCCCUUCGUCUCUGUAGUUUGGAAGAAGAAACAAGCCUUGAAUAAAGUCCUCCUUGCCCUGUGGUCAGCUGGGUUCCUGUUCAGCAUACCUAUUAUUCCGACUCAAACUAUCGGGGAGGAUGAUGGUAAGAUGCACUGCCUGUAUCGCGAGUAUACUUCUGACACUCAAGAGCUGGUGUGUUUGUUGCUAGAGACGGUGGUGGGAUACAUGCUGCCCUUCUCCAUUCUUGUGGUCUGUUAUGGGUGCCUGUGCAGUCGUAUAACUCAGAUGAACUUCAGGUCCAAACGCAAGUCCACUGUCUUGAUUGCAAGCAUAGUGGUUGCAUUUGCCAUUUGCUGGACACCACAUCAUAUAGGAAACAUCAUCUCCAUUGCUAUUCUGGCCAUUGAUGACUCAAAGAGUAAUAUAGCACUUAAACUGGAAGCUGCUAGACAAACCAUGACAUUUGUAGCGGGAGCAAUGGUCUUCAUCAGCAGCAGCAUUAAUCCUGUCCUGUACAUGUUUGCGGCCCGCUCCUUCAGGGAGUCGCUACGUGACACCGGCAUCCAGAAACUCUUCCGCCACAUCUCCAGCACCUCGCCGGGUGAAGGAAACAGGGAGAUAUCCUUUGUGUCGAGGAGACAAAGCAAUCAGACAAACUGCUCUCAGCUUGUGACAGACUCAAAAGACGAUGUUAAUAUGUAUUGAAGUUGUGUGUAAAUGAUAAUUUUCCUGAGAAUGAAAUGUGUGAGGUGUUUUGGAUUAAACCCGCUUUUAAACGAACUCUCAACAGGUAAAAAACAACAGAUAAACAACAUGUCUCUGCUAAUCUAUCCAGUGCAUUUGCAUUUCUUUCUGCUGUUAAUUUAUUUAUAAAACUUUAAGUAUUAU